GCGUCGUGCGUACGAAUAAGAAGCACUGCCAGACCACAAGACAUUGUCGUGAAUCGUGCUGGCGUGGUGCCAAGCCUGCCUGCGGUAGCGACGGUAUUUUGUACUCGAACACCUGCAAAAUGCGGGCGAAGAACUGCGGGAAACACGUCUUCGAAGUUCCAAUGUCAUUCUGCAUAUCUCGGGAACGAACGUCCGGAAGCAACGCGUGUCCCUUGGAUUGCAAAAACGAGGCGGAGGUAUCGGUCUGCGGAUCGGAUGGGAACAUAUACAGGAACGAAUGCGAGAUGCAAAUGCUAAACUGCGGGCAUGCAAGAAGGAAGAUAACGGUAGUUGACUUCGAGAAGUGUCGGGCUCGGCUAACAAAAUGCAUGAAGCAACAGCUGAGAUGCGGAAGCGAGGUGGAUCCGGUUUGCGGUAGCGAUGCGAAUACCUAUCCAAAUCAGUGCCAUUUGAACGUAGCGGUUUGUUUAAAGGGUAUCCAAUUGGCUCACGUUGGGGAGUGCACGACCUUGAAGGAGACCGAACAGUGCCCCGAAGAUUGCGCCCAAGUACCCGAGGAACCAGUUUGUGGAAGCGAUGGCAACGUUUAUCGGUCCCUUUGCCAUCUGCGGCGGGAGACUUGCGGCCAGAGGGUGGUUCAAGUUCCGGCGCAACAUUGUCGCACCACCGCGCUCUGCAACCAGAUCUGCAGCGGGGAACGUCAGUUUGUUUGCGGCUCCGAUAAUAAGCUCUAUCGCAACGAGUGCGAGAUGAAGAGGGACAAUUGCGGGAAACACGUGUACGUGGUACCUAUGAAGAGAUGCGUCCAAGGCUUCCUGUUUCGCGGCUGUCAAAAGAUCUGUCCGCCUUAUUACGAUCCCGUAUGCGGCACCGAUGGCAUGACGUAUAGCAACGAGUGCUUCCUGGAGAUCGAGAAUUGCCGUAGCAGGAGUCUCGUCACGAAAAAGUAUCACGGAGUGUGCGGCCAGCCGACGGAGGAGCCGAAAAAUUAUCUCUAUUAAAACAGAUGGGGCUAGCACGAUGCGAGAGAGAGAGAGAAAAAAAAAAGAGAGAAAAAGCGAGGAAUAAAAUCACUCGACGAUAUAAUUUCGCUCGUAUUUUUUCCGAAUUCGGAAGCGACAAAUGCUGUACAUGUUCAUUUAUCAUGUGUCGUCUCCAAGUAUUUAAUAAUCGUUCGACAAAUUCCGAUCGAUCGAGAUCUGUAUCGAUCAUUCGAAACUCUAGACGCGCGACGCGAUAGAGAAAUAAUUUACGUGAGCUCGGGUGACAGCCGAUCCGAAACGCUAAAUUUCUAUGGCGGAAAAUGCGUUUGAGGGAAAACGAGCAUCUUGCCAGUCCGGAUUGUUGUCGUAUUGUUACUGCUGUUUCUAUGAUAAUUAAUAUUCAUCGCGAUUGCCGAUUCUCUCCCCUUCUCGGAAAUAAUUCACGCGGCAAAAUGCUUCGCAAAUCGCUAUUGUAUCCCGGGUAGAACAUGAAACUCAUAAUGACAUCAUUAUGACGUACUAAAAGUUACCUAAAAAUCACCUAAAAGUCAUUUUAGAAAAAUCAUGAUAUCAUAAUGAUCUCGUUUGAUAUACUUUGGACAAUGUUUUGGUGACUUAUUUUUGAUAUUAAACAAUUCUAGCGAACUCUGUUGAAGAAUAUAUAUACUUCGUGUAUGAAAUCUUAAGAAUCAAUCAUAAUAAUAUCAUUUUUUAUAUAUAUA